ACACUCAGGCUGUGUUCUCAGGAUGACCGCGUGGGAGACAGCAGCACCAGCAGUGGCAGAGACCCCAGACAUCAAGCUCUUUGGAAAGUGGAGCACUGAUGAUGUGCACAUCAGUGACAUUUCCCUGCAGGAUUACAUUGCAGUGAAGGAGAAAUAUGCCAAGUACCUACCUCACAGUGCAGGGUGGUAUGCCGCCAAAUGCUUCCGCAAAGCUCAGUGUCCCAUUGUGGAACGCCUUACUAACUCCAUGAUGAUGCACGGCUGCAACAACGGCAAGAAGCUCAUGACUGUGUGCAUCGUCAAGCAUGCCUUUGAGGUCAUACACCUGCUCACAGGCGAGAACCCUCUGCAGGUCCUGGUGAACGCCAUCAUCAACAGUGGUCCUCGGGAGGACUCCACACGCAUUGGGUGCGCCAGGACUGUGAGACGACAGGCUGUGGACGUGUCCCCACUUCGCCGUGUGAAUCAGGCCAUGUGGCUGCUGUGCACAGGUGCUCGUGAGGCUGCCUUCCGGAACAUUAAGACCAUUGCUGAGUGCCUGGCAGAGGAGCUCAUCAAUGCUGCCAAGGGCUCCUCCAACUCCUAUGCCAUUAAGAAGGACGUGUGGCCUUCUUGGAGCAUGUGGCCAAGUCCAGCCACUGAUUUUCCCAGCUGUUGCCCAAUAAACCUGUCUGCCCUUCAGGGCAGCCCUACCAAAAAAACAAAAAAAUUACAACUAAGUUAUUAUAAUGACUUUAAAAAUGUGCAUGUUGAUAUACAAUAUGAAUUUCAAGAAAGGAAAAGGGAGUUAUAA